UGUACUUGCAGCACUGUUUACUACCGCCAUAGGAGAAAUCUGGUUUUUACAUGUCAAAAAUUUCUGAAAUAAUGAUUAGUACAGUUGCAGAUGACGUACAAGUUAAUGAAAAUAGUAAUUUAGAAUUUGCUACUGCGGAAAAGCAAGAAGCUCGCGCAUUUUUACGUGAACGGUUCCUGCGUGUAAUUACCGGCAUUGUUGGCAAACAAGCAGAGUUUUAUUUGUAUGAAAAUACUCGAGUUUCUGCUGAAUUUAGAGGCUGUGACAUAGACUUUUUAGAAGUAUAUGUACGCAACUUGGAAACACCACUAGGGAAGGUUCCAGAAGCUGUUCUUAGGGCAAGUGAUAUUAUUCAUCUGGAUGUUAAAGAUAUUAACACAGCAUAAUAAAAUCUCCAAACAUGGAGCGUGCCGUUUUUCACACGUCGCACAUGUUCAAGUGUCAAAACCGAAGCAAGAAACGGAAGUAGAUGCGCACGAAUGCUAUAUAAGAUGACGAGGCUACCAAUUCCCUCAGUCAUUCUCUUACAAACUACGACACCGAUAGGAUCGAUUUGAAUUUGUGCGUUCGUUCAGUGAUAAACAAGUAUACGUUUUUAUUGUUUUGUUUUUUCUUUGAACCUUAACCGUUCGAUCACCGAUAAAAUGGACAUCAGACUUUUGACGUUACUGUUGUUUCUUUGCGUUGCAACUUCGUUUGCGGAUCUUCGUUCGCCUUUAUUAAGAACACGUCGAA